AUGCCCCUGGAAACUUUUCUUCCACCACCACAUUUGGCGACCAUCCAUAUCCUUCUCAGCAAAGACUGGAAUGGCGUGAACAAUGGUGUCUUUUUUAUCCGCGUGCAUCAAUGGUCUGUCAAUUUGCUUAUUGCUGCAGCAGCCUACCCACAUCUGAAGCCAGAUGUUGAGCUUUUCUGGUAUGAUCAGUCAGCAAUGAGCAGUCUCUUCAAAGAGAAUAAACAAUUCACACAGUCUGUUGUGUACUGUCCCCUGCGAUGGUUCAAUGCAUACAUGAGAGCACCAAAUGGAGUAGAUCCAAACCCAGAUUCUCCCGCCCAUCUCCAGGUCCAACCUGGGGAUCUUCUUGUACACUUUCCAGGAACUCCUGCUGCGAAGCUGAAUGAUACUAUGGAACCAUAUCUUACUAUUGCUGAAGCGCACCGAACAGAGUGGGAGGUACCAGUAGAGAAAACAGGGUAUAUAGAGGAGACACAGUUGUUCUGGAAGAACACAACUAGAUAG